GUUUAUCAUUGUGUCGGUGAGCAACAAUAACAAUAACAAUGCGCCACAAUCGACGCGUUGUCAUGACAAUCGCUGGGCCCAGCCAGAUGGGGGGCUUCAGCUGCUCGAAUAGAGUACAGAGACAUCAGAGCGAGAGCGCACAGUAGCGCUCAAGCUUCCCAGUGAUUAUCAGUUCUCAACACGAAACACAUGGAGCAUUAUCGUUCACUCAGACGAAAGUAUAUAACCAAAUUUAUGUGCCAAUAGCUCAGAGAAAAGCGUGACUCAUUCUGCGAAAGUGCUAAAAACCUUUUAGCAUGCCUUCGUUCCGCAUCUUAUCCAAAUUAUCGUUGCUUCUUCUACUGGUCAUCUGUGUGGCAUCUGUGUUCUGCGUCUUCUCUCUGCCGGUCUUCGAGUACUCGAGCAGUCGCUGCAAGGGCCUGGACGACUGUGAUCCCUUCCAGCCCAUUUGUGCCACAUAUACGAAUGAGCAUCAGUUCUUCUACAGUCACUGCGAUAUGUUGCGCGAGAUCUGUCUAACUGGCAAAGAUUGGAAAAUUGACUUUUUGAGCCAUUGCAAUGUUAGCAAGCUUUAACUAUACCACAGCCGACUGAUUGCUUGUUAGCCACGUUCUUCAAGACUGAUAUAUCUACAUAUGUAUAAUAAAUGGAAAAGUAUGAAAUAUAUUUAUUUAAAUAUAAAUAUUUACGAAUUCGUAAUGACUGCAACAUA